GCCUCCGGAGACUACGGCGACAGCCUCCGCCGCCGCAAGGUCCACCGCUGCGACGUCGCCGGCUGCGACAAAGUCUACACCAAGAGCUCCCACCUCAAGGCGCACAAGCGCACGCAUACAGGCGAGAAACCGUACCAGUGCAUGUGGGACGGGUGCACGUGGAAGUUCGCGCGCUCGGACGAGCUGACGCGCCACUUCCGCAAGCACACGGGCCAGAAGCCGUUCAAGUGCCACCUGUGUCAGCGCUCCUUCUCGCGCUCCGACCACCUGUCGCUGCACAUGAAGCGCCACUGAGAAGACGAGCCGUCGCGCCGCUGCCGAGUCUGCGACAGUGCCUGCGUCCGUCGCGGCUGCCAACACCUUCCGCACUAAAGAAGACACGUGAAUGUUCUAAGGCACCUUCACUAAAGUCGGGGACGCUACCGGUCGAUGUCUCCGCGUCGUCUCACUGUUUCGUCACGAUUGACCUUCCUCCUCGUUUCUGCCCGCCAGUGUCGAGAGAUCAGAAAACUCGUGUCUGCUGCCAGGGUUUCCCCCACCGAGAACUACUUUUCUCUUUAGAUUUACUGGAUAUAUGUGUAACACCUUGCCAGCCUGUGGAGUGGUUACGUACACCUUCUUAACCUAUGGCGAAAACGCAACUUCGUUUAAAAACAAAUUACGGAAUUCAGACAAUAUCAAGCUCGAUACCGGUGCCAAGAAAGCUAUAUAGAGUCCAAAGAUUUUUUGGUGCGCGUGGCACGAUGACCGGAGUUUUACACCAGCGAGUCUCGCAUCCUUAGACUCCAAAGUUGAGUAUGAAACGGCCUGCUUUUAGAUACCCAUUCGAGCGUGCCCAAGAUUGCUUCCAGCAGUAAAUUCGUUGUGUAGCAGCCAGCUGGAAGAGAACAGUCCUAGUCGCCGCCAGUUCGCAAGUUUAACAUCCACGUGUCUCCCGCCAGAGCACUUCGCUGAUUGGGAGAUGUCGUUCCAAAAUAGCUAGAGAGUCGGAUAGAGCGAACAAAUGACGCGAGAGCUUGCACGUACUGCCUUUGCAGCCCAGCAGCUGGCGCUGAGCGCAGAUGUCGGACCGCACGGGGCGCAGUGGCCAGCCCGCCCGUCUGCCACCUGUUAGGGUUCCGCUGGAACCAGUUCCUCCACACUCAGCGCGCAGCCGGCGGUGUCGGCAGCGUUCCGGCACGCCUCCGCUCUCGUCCAAACGAAUUCGUCGCUGCCCCGCCGUCGCGUCUCAAAUUGUCUGCCGACUCCAGGUACUUACCUCUCUGCAUGUGUACUUUCCGUCCAACGACAGUCAUUAAAACGGCUGUCCCCUUUUGCGUCCACGUGUGCCCACGAUUUGCGUUCGAACAGAACAGUUUUCGCUGUGGAGAAAGAUGGUAAUUCAUUUUUCGGCCACGUUGAUAGCAGUUAGACGCAUAAAAACUGUUCGCGUAGAGCUACGUCACUUUUGAGCGAGAUAAACAAAUAGAGAGCAUCGAAGAAAGUACAAAAUCUGCUGAUCCUUCGAUUUAAUGUCUCCUCAAGACCAUUUCACGAUUCACUAAACAGAUAUUGUAUAAACGGCAAUACAACACAAAUUUGUCCAUUGAAAGUGUCAAUUUGUAAUACUUUGGUAAUAUUUUAUUUAUCAGAAGUGUUGUACCAUUUUUAUACACACAGAGGUACCUUUAUACGCAGCUAGUAAUAAUCCAUUCAUAACGUCUAUCAAUUUCAGCAGCUUUACAAGAUCCACUAGUUUCUGUCCUUAAUUAGAGUCCUAAAACCUCGGAUAGCCUUCAUACGUGAGCUUCACAUUCCAUUAAGGAAACUGCCAACUACAAAAGUCUUCCAGUUAUGAAAUCUGCGAUCUUGAAGUAUUUGCACGUAUUGGCUUGGACAAAUUUGACGAUUAAAUUUUCAUUUUUCUUUAAAAAGAAUUGUGCAAAUGUAAUAUAUUCGAAGAGAGUAUUUAACUACAAAUUACUGUGAUCUUAUCUGGGCAGACUGCCAGACGUAAGCAAUCAGUACAUUGUUGCGUAACAUUACUGUGAUAUAACAAUUUGUAAGCAUCAAAGGCCUAAUCUAUACGUUCACUGCAACAUAAUGCUGAGUGCAGAUACAGUUGUAAUGGGAGGGGGAAAUAGUGGAGAUCAGCUUUCAUUCAUGGUCGCUGAAUAAUUACUUAGGAUGUUUUCACACUUUAACUGUGUAUCUGUUAAUUAUCACUAUUGGAGUGGGGUUUAUUCGGCACAGUAGAAGAAGAAUGCAGUGAUACAACUAUUGGAGAACGACUAUGAGGAGUCUGUUGCUAGUUUUUCUUAAUCAUCUCACUUAAUAUUUUAUGGCUUGAAUCGUACUUGAAAAAGGAGGUACACUGGAAUGAAUUUGGACGUUUUUACCUGUGAGUGAUAAGGUUUCACUAUGCUUUGUUUAUCAGCCAGAGAAAUUGGGCACAAAGAGGAAAGAAAACAUCAUUUGUAUUUCGCUUUCAGUGACUGCUACUAUGAAGUGAUUAGUUUAAGAAAUUAAUUUAUUGAAUGUUUCAGCCCUUUGUAAAUACAAUUGUACAGCGAUUGAGAACGUGAGUUUUCUGUAUUGUACAUAUAGACAUAAAUCUAUAUUUUAGGAGAUAUAUUACGUUUUGAUAAUGUACAAAACUGUUAUUUAAUUUUAUCUUUCUUGCGAAAAAAAAAAGAAUCUGUUAAACGUUCUUGCCGAUCAACUGAGAGAUAUCUUAAUAAUUUUUCUUUGAUUCUUGUUAAUAGAAACGACUGGGAUUGGUUAUAAUUGAUAUGGCUGUGGAUAACUGUGUUUUGGGAUUUGAAUUUAAACUGAUAGUAAUUUAUUCGAUGUUGGCUGAAUCAUAUACGCUGAAGCAAUAAGAGGGAACAAAACAGAAGUGAGACUACAGAAUACUGAGCCAGUCUACCUCAGACGGUCACUCCAUACGGCUGCCUUUGCGUGCUUUCAAAGCACACGCAGUCGUGGGGCAGUCACUACACUGGCCUCGCCAGGAUUUAAUUAGCCUCACGCGUAGAAAUGUCUGGCUCAGUGUUCUGUGGUCACAUCCCGAUUCGAGUUAUUAACUUCCGUCCUACGCCUGCUUACGCGGGCGGGUGAGUGCCUGUUUGUCUUCGAGUGGUUGUGUGAGUUUUUGUGUGUGAUAAAGAGGAAAGGCCAGUGAGAGUUGAGGGGAAGCUGUGGAGGGCGCGGACCACCAACUGAGCUAGCGAGCCUGCCGACUUAGUUACCAGAAGGUCCCAUCUCUGAUGUGGGGCGUUGCUGCCAAUGCAGCGCCUCAGACGCUUCUGUCACAUAUUUCUCGCGUGAAAGAGGUUGGUGGUCCGUGUUCCCACUACAGUGUUUUUUUAUUUUAAUAUAUUUCAAAUUUUUUGUUUUUGUUUUUGUCGUUCAUUAAUUUUAUGAUUAUAUCGCCAAGAAGAAAAAGCUAUGCACACCACAGGUCAGUGUCUACUUCUUCGAAAUAAUCUCUGUAAUAUAAUGGUCAGUAUGAGCGCACAUUUCUUUUUCCCAUCGUGUUUGCUACGUUGGUUAUCUUUAUAAUUUAUUUAUGCUAUGUAGUAUUGUCUUUAUUCUUGUAAAUAUGCUGCAUACGUUUUAUGUAUAGUUAUUUUAAGUGAGGCAUUAUGCUAGAAUUUUCGUAGUUCUUUUUAAGCUGGUAAAAGUGUACGUGAAAGUUUGUGGAAUAAAUGUAUGAUUGUUCUGGUUUUAUGCUAAGCCAUCAGAAGAAGGCUUGGUUGCUUGUUACGCAAAAUAACAUUCCAGAUUACAAUAAAAAGUGGUGUAUGUGAAAAGGUAUACUUGCAAAACGAAAUAAAAAAAUAAA